UUCAUACUCAUUGCUUCGCUCACAGUUUGUGGAUUAUCUCCGGACGCGUGCGUGUGCCUUGCGUUUGCAUUGUUUCUUGAUUGAUACUUCAAGCAAGCUUUGCUAGCUAAGAUAUCACGUUAUCAGAUAUAUUUGUUUUCUACCAAUCAAUUCGUUCGUUUGUAUCGCUGACGUGUAAAAGUUUAAAAUGAGCAAAAUACGGUCCGGUGUGAAAUAGUCUGCCAAGGAAAUUCUGUAUUGUAAAGCAUUGAACACGCUACAAAACUGUAUAAUUAUUGUGUUGUAACCCCUGUGCGAUGUUGGGGAAGGAUAUUAGUUGAAAAAUUGGAUUUUUACGUUUGUUCGGAACUAUUGCGAAUGUGUAUUGAAACGUUUAUCGCUAUACACGGGCGCACUGCUAUGCGCCACGACUUGGUUCACUUUAUAAGGCACACAUCUUCGGACCACUACUGCGAAGGAGCCCUUUAGUUGAAACUGAUCGCUUCAUGGCGUUACUGUGCAUCAGAGGAGACUGGUACUUGUAUUUUUGGCUGAUAUAUUGCAAAGUAUAUUCUGCUUUUAUAUGGUUUGUGGGCAAUCAUUGCCGCGGCAGUGAUAAGGCUCGAUCCGUGAUAAGCGGCAGUGUCGGUAACCAGUCGCCUUCAGGCCUUCCAAGAGUGCGGACGCGUCGCCGAAAGCCGCAGCAGCACAAAGUGAAGCAUAUCGUUGCCUUAGCCAGGAGGCCUUCGCUGAGAAGAAUCGUAAUGGCACCAGGAGCUGCAGCUCACGCUAUGAUGGAAGAUAAGGCGAAGACAUUGAACGGUGCUUUGGCAAAUGUAUCUAUGCGUACGAGACGAAUCAGCCAGUUUGCUCCGUUGCUGAUCGCCUUGGUGGGACUUCCAGCUCGUGGCAAGAGUCAGUUAGCUCACCGUCUCUCCAGACAUCUCAAUUGGAAUGGGGAGAGUACUAAAGUGUUCGACUGCAGCGAGUAUCGUCGCAAGCAUAUGGCUCUGUACGGAACCCACGAUAUAUUCCGUGCUGACAAUCAGCAGGGGUCUGCCAUCCGUCGGCAGAGCGCCCGCGAGGCUGUGCAAGAUGCCGUGCUGUGGCUGAAAGAUGGAAACAGUGUCGCUAUAUUCGACGGAACAAACAUAACUCGUGAACAACGCAGAGAGCUCAACGAAUACUGUCUCUCAGACAUGGGCUUCAGGAUCCUGUUCAUCGAAUGCGUUUGCGAAGACCAGGAGUUGCUCGAAAGGAACAUCAUUGAGAUCUUACAUUACUCAGCCGACUACAAGGCUAUGAGCGAGGAACAGGCCGUCGACGAUCUAAGGAAGAAACUGGAGCACUAUAUGCGCCAAUAUGAGCCUAUUGAUGGGAACCUCGAGGGCGUCAGCUUCGUCAGGGUUGAGAAUAUGGGGGAGACAGUGACUGCCCAUAAAGUAGCUGGACAGAAGGAGUCUGGUAUCCUGGGCUACUUGUCAGGCAUGAGGGCUUUUCCGCAAACAAUAUAUUUCACUCGGCACGGUGAGAGCGAAUACAACGUGCUGGGUCGUAUUGGCGGAGACGCGAACCUCUCCCCCCGCGGACAGCGAUACGCUAUCGCCCUGGCCGAGCAUAUCAACAGCAAGGCAUCCUGUGAGCCCAUGGCGGUCUGGACCUCGGAAAUGCGGCGCACCAAGCAGACAGCAUCCGACAUCAUGGCGCCCAAGCGGGCACUGAGGGCUCUCAACGAACUGGAUGCUGGUAUCUGCGAAGGGCUGACCUAUGAAGAGAUGCAAGAACGUUUUCCACAAGAGUUCGCGUGGAGGGACCAAGACAAGUUGCGGUACAGAUACCCGUGGGGGGAGUCUUACAUCGACAUUAUGACGCGGCUGCGACCAGUUCUGUCUGCGCUGGAAGAUGAGCACAACGUGGUGGUGGUGGGACACCAGGCCGUACUGCGGUGUAUGCUCGGUUACUUCCUCGAUGCUAAGCUUGAUGAGUUGCCCUAUAUGACUGUGCCUCUUCACACAAUCGUGAAAUUGACUUCGUACGGAUACAAAUACAAAGUUGAGAUGGUGAAGCUGCCCGUAGAAUGCGUUGACACUCACCGAAAACAGCCCAAGAACUGCUCCAUCACCAGGACCACAGCUGAUGCACUGGUAACCGUGCCUUCCCAUUACGACACUCUACCGUCUAACCUCUGGCAGAGCUCCGAAGCACAACUUUAGGAGUCACUCGGCGCCGGACACAGUCCGCGCGAGUGCAGUACCGCAACAGCAUUAUUCGGGGAACACUUACGAUGUUCAACAGCCCUUCGGCUUCGUUCGUGGUUGUGAAAAGCCAUGGACUCGAUUGUGACGUCACACGGCGCGAUACUUUAUAGAAACCUUUGUCAAGUAUAAGUUGACGAGUGGCAAAGACACGAACUAAUUAUGUUUUAUGAUUAAAUAUUAAUAGUAAUAGUAUUAUAUUAAACUACAUAAUUAAGCUACAGAUUCUAGCGUUCUUAAAAGAUAUUAAAUGACUAUAGUUCUACUGUAAGAAGAUUUCAAUUAAAUAAUAUAUCUCGCCUGAAAGCCGCCAUUUGCACGUCAACUUACACUUGACUAGGUAGGUGAGUGUGUGUGUGUGUGAUGUGAUCGAGAUAUCAAGCUAUUGAUUGGAGUUACUACAAUAAGACUGAUGAAAUCAUUGUGUCAAUUGUCCUUUUUUACAGUGACGUGUUGCCAGAUUAAAAUAUAAGUAUUUGUGGUGAAUGUUUGCACGACGCGGCAUUUUAAUCGACUUAUUUUCUGCCAAUAUAAAAUGUAUUUUAAAUUUUAAUAUUGUGUUCUUAUUUUUUAUUACUUUUACGUUUUACAAUAUCUCCACUCUUGUGGGUUAAUAAUAACGUAAUUAAGUUUAAUUUUAAUAUAUUUCUGUAGUCUCUAUCAUUUAUUUUGUCUGCCAUUAGUUAAAUAGGAACUGAUAAAUAAGUAACUAUAUUUAGAUAUUGAUUAUUAUAAUCAACAUAACAUACAGCAAUCUAAUUUAUCGAAUCUCAUUCAUAUUCUUGUAACGACUUUCACAUUCAGAAAAGGGAACGGAAUCAUGUAAUGUCAGUUAAAAUAUAAGAAUCAUUUAAUCUGAUAAUAUAGACGUAAAUAAUUCUUAAUUUUUAUAUUUUUACUUAUUAGAUGUAGCAACACUUGGUAAAUCAAUUACAUUGUAACUAUUUUUAAUAUUGUUUUAGUAAGUAAUUGUAAGAUGACACUGAUUGCAGCACCCUCGGCCAUAUUCAGUAGAGGCAAAGCAAGUCGACGACAAUAACUUUGUUUGCCAGACAAAAAAGGAGAAUUUUGGAGGUAGUUUGAUAAUUUUGUAUUAGUAUAAGAUCAGUGGUAGGCAAUAGUAUCUAGGUAUGCUUUGAAGAUUGUACGAACUCGUGUAUUUUAUAAUAUAUGAUGUUAUGCAA